UCCUAACUGUUUAAUGACUGAAUUGCAUCUUCACCCUGCUUUGCCACUGCAAGUCUGGUGUUCUGUGUCUGUGAUACUGAAACGUUCUGUAAUUUGUCAUUUUCAAUUGUCAGAGGUUUGAUACUGAUAAACGUAUGUCUAGCAUCAUUGCUCUGGUGUACAAUAAUGUUAUUUGUUGAAUUGUCUUUAAAUGUGUACAGAUCAUGAGAUGCCUUUAGCAAAUCUACCAAAAGGAAAAUGUAAAAUUAUGUAUGAAUUAUUGAAUCUUAUGUCUGAGUUUGACUGUCAUAAUGUAAUGUAAUACACUGUUGAGUGUUAAUUACAUGUAGGCUUAGCAUUAGUUAGAAAUAUAUCAACAAGACUAAUGCACACCUUUUAAAAAAAAUAUACUAUUCAUCCCAAAUCAUGGUUAUUUAUAAGAAUUAAAACAAUUAGAAUUGAUAAUGAUAAUUGACUUUAUUGUGCUAUGUUUUAUUUUAUUUUCAGAAUGUGAUUACACCUGGCUUAAACUAUAUUAUGACAUGGGUACCCCCUCAGGAGCCCUUCCCAGAAAGGUUCGGUGGUUUGUUUACCUGAGCCAUGCCCUCUCAACAUGGGGUGAUCGCAUGUGGGCUUUUGGUGUGGGGCUGUUUAUGGUCAUCAUUUCGCCUGAUGAUUUGAGGGUGACAGCUAUCUAUGGCCUCUCCAUGGGUGGGGCUGUGCUGCUGUUUGGGGCACUUGUUGGUGACUGGGUGGACAAAACUCCCAGGCUUAAAGCUGCCCGCACCAGUCUGGUGAUACAGAACAGCAGUGUGAUCGUGUGUGCUGGCAUCAUCUUUACUGUCAUCACUCUAAAAACAAAAAUCGAGGGGGCAUUGCCAGGCGAUGCCCUUCUCUACCUGAGCUACGCAGUGAUCAUUCUUGUGGCUAUCGUGUCAACCCUGGCCAGUAUGGGGACCAGUAUCGCUGUCCAGAAGGACUGGAUUGUGGAGAUCUGUGCUAGAGACAAAGACAUGCUGGCAACAAUGACUGCUAGCCUGCGUAGAAUAGACCUGAUCAGCAAGCUUGUGGCCCCAAUAGCCACUGGCCAGAUUAUGUACUUCGCAUCACCGGGAGUUGGUGCCCUGUUCAUUGCUGGAUGGAACUUUGUGUCAGUGUUUCUGGAAUAUUUCCUCCUGAAGAAAGUGUACAACCUAUGUCCUGCACUGGCCAAGGAGAAAUCUGAUGUUCCUCUUGAAGAAGACAUGGAUGGAGAGGAGAUGGUCUGUCUACCUGCAAAGCACCUGGAAAUUGAGAUACAGACAAAUGGACAUAUGGAUACAGAAGCUACUGAUGGCAAACCAACCAUGAAUGAUGGCCCCAUCAAUAACCUGACUAGCCCCAAAGACAUGAAUAAAUUAACUAGUCUUUCAGAACCCAGUGAGCAAGGCAUGGGUAACUUAUAUGAUCAACCAGAACCCCGUGAGCAUGACAUGGUGAACAUAACUAGUCAGUCAGAAACCAGUGAGCAAAAUUUAGGUAAAGCAACUAGUCAACCAGAAGCCAGUGAGCAAGAUAUGGUGAACUUGACCAGUAAGUCAGAAACCAGUGAGCAGGAUGUGGAUAACAUUACUAGUCAACUAAAACCCAGUAAGCAAGACAUGGUGAACUUAACUAGUCAGUCAGAACCCAGUGAGCAAGACGUUGGUAACAUAGCUAGUCAGUCAGAACCCAGUGAGCAAGAUCAUCUACAGCCAGCUGAUGAGAGGGAUAUUACAGUUGUUUAUAGACCAACCCAACCCUCUAAGAAACCAAAAAAGGACCAAGGUUGUACGAGGAUGUUUUCUGGUAUUCUUGUGCUGUACCGGGGUUGGCGAGUGUACAUGCGCUAUCAGGUUGCCUUUGCUGGUCUAGGGCUGGCCUGUCUCUACAUGACUGUGUUGGGAUUUGACAAUAUCACUGUUGGUUAUGGGUACACCCAGGGCAUCAAUGAGUCCAUCAUGGGGGUUAUGAUGGCUGCAGGCUCCGUGACAGGUAUUCUGGGAACUGUCCUGUACCCGAUCUUCCACCGACGUAUAGGCCUGCAAAGAACCGGCCUCUUCAGUUACCUAUUUGAGAUCAGCUUCCUGUGUCUGUGCGUCGCCUCAGUGUGGGCCCCGGGAUCGCCAUUUGACCCCACUUUUUCUUUGAUCAAGCGUGACACAACGAAAAACUGCAGUCAUACUGAUGUGAAUUCUGUCAAUACCAUUUCAAAUAAUUCAGUACCCAUGACUAAUACCACAUCUGUGAUCUAUACGCCAUUACAAGAUAAUACGAGUCUUUCUGGGGAAGUGAAGAACCUCUCUGUUGAUAUGAAUAGUACAGACAGAGAGGUAGUUUCAGAGACGUGUCAUACUGGUCCACAUUCCUACAUUUCCAUUAUUCUAUUGAUGUCUGGGAUCAUUGGAGCAAGAUGUGGUUUAUGGAUGGCUGACCUGACCAUCUCCCAGCUGUUUCUUGAGAACGUUCGUGAGACGGAGCGCGGCAUCAUGAAUGGCGUCCAGACAUCUCUCAACAAGCUCAUGGACAUUGUCAAGUUUGUUCUAGUUAUCGCCAUUCCUCACCAGGAACAAUUUGGUUAUCUCAUCCUGGUUUCCUUCGCUUUUAUUUGUUUGGGCUGGGUACUUUAUGCUCGGUACUCGUACAAGGUGCGAGGACAUUUGUUCCAUUUUGACCGUAUAAAGCAGUGUCAGGGACACAAUGGUAACAGACAGAAUAUUCAUGUCAUAGAAGCAGAUGAAGAGAACGUUCAGCCUGCAGUGACUUGACACAAUGGUAACAGACGGAAUAUUCAUGUCAUAGAAGCAGAUGAAGAGAACGCUCAGCCUGCAGUGACUUGAACAUUUGUUGUUUUUCUUUUUUUCUAUGAUUUUAUGUAUAUUUUGUUGGUUUUGCUUCUAUAAUUUUAUACAUAAAUUUGAUUAAGUUUAUUUUACAAAUCAUGACAUGUUGUAUCACCUGUUAAAUGAUUGAUUUUGAAUUGUUUUCGACAGCCUGAAAAAAUAUUCAUAGAAAAUUUAAUAAUUGAAUUUAAGUCUUUUUAGCUGGUCUGUUUUAAAAAAAAAUGCAUUUUUUAAUCCUAAACUCAAAAAGCUUUUAAGAUUAUGUUUUAUUAGAAAAUGAUACAGCAGGCAAUACACAUAUGCAUUGCAAUACUCUAUAAAAGCUGGUUUUUAUAAUUGUCAAUCUAUGCCCUUUGUUCGCUUUAGAUAAAAAGAAUGUUGAGAGUUGACCUCCACUGUGUGGCACUCUUGUUGUGUUCAUGACAAAUUAUUGGAAUAUGUUUUCUUUCAAGAUUUUUACAUGUAAAAACUGUAAAUAAAAUUAUUUUUUACUUCAUACUCAUUCAUUGAAAUGUGAUAUUGGUUUAUGUUAUUUGUUCAUUUCAACUUAUCAAACUAUUUAUUUAAGAACUUUGAUUUUAAACCAUUUGCAAGCGCAUGUUUAAUAAAGAAGAGAUAACCCUGUACCUUGACUGUGAUGUUUGACAACGAUCUCUGUAAUGUUUCAUUGCAAUUUGAAUAUUUAUACACAGUAGAAUGUGUUUGUUUUUAGCUGUUGUUAGAUUUUAAAAAGUAUUCAUUCAUAUCCUGAGCGUAUUACUCGUUUGUUAAGUUGCUUUGUAAUAAUGUUUACAAUAGGGUGCUUUGUUAUCAUGUAAACAAUAUGGUGAUUUUUAUCAUGUUAACAAUAUGUUGCUUUGUUGUAUUGUUAACAAUAUGGUGCUUUGUUAUUAUGUUGACAAUAGGUUGCUUUGCUAUCAUGUUAAAAAUAUGACACUUUGUUUUCAUGUUAACAAUAUGGUGAUUUUCAUCAUGUUAACAAUAUGUUGCUAUGUUGUAUUGUUAACAAUAUGGUGCUUUGUUAUCAUGUUGACAAUAGGUUGCUUUGUUAUAAUGUUAAAAAUAUGACACUUGUUUUCAUGUUAACAAUAGGUUGCUUUGUUAUCAUAUUAAAAAUAUGACACUUUGUUAUCAUGUUAACAAUAGGUUGCUUUGUUAUCAUAUUAAAAAUAUGACUCUUUGUUAUCAUGUUAACAACAGGUUGCCUUUGUUAUCAUGUUAACAAUAUGUUGCUUUGCCAUCAUGUUAACAAUAUGGUGCUUCUUCUUGUAGAACUUCAGGAUUUGACGAACAAGAUUUCAUUAGAAACAAUUUUUAAAAUAUUAUGUAGUAUAGAAUGUAUGUCAGAUACUGACUCACACAGGUCAGAAAGUAUGCGAGUUAUCUGGGUGAGUUAGCUCAUGUAGUAGAGCAUUUGACUUGCCAGCAGGGGGUCCCGGGUUUGAUAUCUGGACUUGCUGCAUCCUGCUCUGAGCCUAUGACAUGAACAUGUUUAUAUCAGAAAAGUUGUUGAAUGUCAUUUAAUAUACCGGUGAGCACAUAUGAAUCAAUAGAAGUUUUACUUAAUACUUAAUUUCUUAUGUAUGAAAUAACUUCCCUUAUAGAUUUCUGUUCUUGAACAUUUUAGUAUAUUGGAUAUAUAUAUAUAUGAUUAUACAGAGGUUGUACUUCUCUGAAAUGUUCAGCCUUAUGUGAUGUUUUGUAUAUUUUACUUACAUUUAAAAUCUCACUGUACAGAAGUUGAUCUUUAUAGUAAUUUUCUAAUCGUUUACCAUGUACAAGUUUACUUUUCUCAUGUUAAAAUUCUCACAGAUAACACGGGUCUUUGUACAUGACUUUAACAUUGACGUUUUGUUGUUUGCUGUUUAGUGCACAUCUGCAAGUUUAACUUUUUCUUAUUUUAAAAAUCUCUACAAAAUAAACUGUGAGUCUCAUUAUUUAGAUGCAUCACUCAAUACUUUGUAUCAAUUCAAUAACUAUUCAUUAACCAUCUCAGUCAUCAAAAUUAGACUCUUGGAUGGACAAGCCCGAAUUCGUAUACAUGUAUUAUUGCUUGGCAUCAAAUUUCUUAACAAGCCUUAUGCGGGCUUGUGUUCAUUUCAACCACUUCCAUCUGGGAGUGGGAUUUGUAAUUGGUCCCAGUUAACUAUGUAAUAGGAAUUGAAUCUAUUUAUGAACAGAUGUAGAAUGAAUAGAAUGGAAGGAUCACUCGAAAACGUUUUUGCCUUAUGUUUGUAAUGCAUGUUUCGUAUAAAUUUAUGAUAUUCACCUCAAACAUGACCAAUAUGAGUUUUAUAAUUGUCUUUUCAGGUCAAUUUAUUAGCCCUACCAGGGGGAGAGAUGUAUCUCAAACACUUUAAAAGCAUUAUUACACUUUUAAUCGAGCCAACUUGCUUUGAGCUAGACAUAGUUGUCACAAUGGUGAUUUCUUGUAUUUGCGUGCGUGUGUGCCUCUGUCUGUCUGGACUGAAUUUGUCCGGGCAGUAUCUUGACCAUGCAUUAUAGGAUUUUCAAAAAAUUUGCCAUGGAGAUUCACCAUGCUGCAUGGAAGUGUUGCAGUUCCACAUAUUGUUCAACUCUAUGUUAUUCUGUUUUUCAAUUGCAUGGAAGAGCAUUAUGUCUGUGUUUCCUUUAGUUCUGAAUAGGGUAUAAAAAUGGGAUCAAAAACUUUAUUUGACAGUAGUAGUUUUCAUUUUUUUAUAUCUGAACAUUUCAGAUGGUUUGCAGUAUUCAAUUGCCAUGGAAAUAAUAUUGUUUAACUCAACUCAUUUAUUACAAUGUGAUCAUUUAACAUGAUGUUCCUUAAUGUCAUAUGUACCUUUUAUGUUGCCCGUAUAUAGCUGUAUUUUUGCACAAAAAGUACAAGAACCUGUUUAAUAUAUAUAAUGUGCUUGACAUGUUUCUGUUUUUGUCCGAGAUCUACUCCCCAAAUAGUUAUGUUAUCAACUGCAUAAAUAUCUUUCACCCCCUAUUUUGGUACUGGUCAUUUUAAGUCGGAGAACAAACCUGAUAUACUGCUGUAAUAUUGCAAAUGCUAUUACCUUUAUACAUUACUGCUAUAUCAUCUGUUAUCUAUUCCAUAUUUGUUCAUUUGCACAUGGAGGUUGUACAAAUAUCAUAAUUUUGUUAAUAACUACACUGGGUCAUUCAGAAUUUGAAAUGUCACUUUUUUUGAAACAACAAUAAAAAGUAAAAAUCU